AUGUCUACUUCUGCGGAUGUAUACACCAAUGGGAAUAGUGAUGAUCAUAUCUUGCGUCCCAGACCCCAAAAUAGCUCUAACCCAAUAAUUGUUCGAACAAUAAGUGAGGAGGGGUUAUUACCAGUCAAUAAUAUCAAAGACUUCUCUGAAGAUGGUAUUUCUACAGGUCCAACUAGUGGACGUACAACACCUGUUCCCGAAGAUGCACCUCCCUCCGUUCAAUCGAUGUUUUCUGCGAAGAGACAAAUCAAAGCAGAGCAGAAACGUCGUAUUUUCCCUAUAAUCGAAUACACCUCAAGAGUCUCGCACUUGGAUCCACAUAGUGAUCACCAUGAUUUCACUGGGUUUUACAUUUUGUUUUGGAUUGGUCUUGCUAUCAUGGCAAUCACAACGAUGUUACGAAAUAUCAAGGAUACCGGUUAUCCCAUGAGAGUGGAGAUUUGGCAAUUAUUCACAGUAAAGGUUUGGGAACUUGGAGUCGCAGAUGCGUUAAUGGUCUUAUCUACAUCCAUCAGUCUUCCCCUUCAUAAGUUCUUCAGAAGUAGGACAGGUAAAUCUUUGGGGUUUCAAUGGACCAAAGGAGGGAUGGCCAUCCAGAGUUUAUACCAAAUUAUUUGGAUGGCAUUCUGGGUUUCCAUACCAUUCCUUCGAGAUUGGACAUGGACAGCUCAGGUUUUCCUUUUACUUCAUACUAUGGUCCUACUCAUGAAAAUGCAUUCAUAUGCAUUUUACAAUGGCCACCUUAGCGAAACCGAACGACGGUUACAAGAGCUUGACUCCCCAGCAACUGCUUCGAAAGCACCAGCAUAUCAAUAUCCAAGUCCAGGUCACAAGAGAACAGCGUCAGAGAUCAAAGCUCUUACUCAAACCAAAGCUGACGAGGUUGCGAGUCUUAGGGAGGAUUUAGCUCUCGAAUUGACGUCUACCAUGGGCUCGGUCACAUACCCUCGAAAUCUCACGUGGUAUAACUAUGUCGAUUAUAUAUUCUGCCCGACACUCUGCUAUGAGCUCGAAUAUCCUCGCACAGCAGGUAUAGUUUGGUCAGAAUUGGGAUACAAAACUCUCGCUACGUUUGGUGUCAUUUUCUUGCUCACUAUCACUUCCGAAGAAUUCAUCCAUCCCGUUAUGACCACAUCGGCAACAAGACUUCAAACUGCAACCUCGUUUACCGAAAAUGCCCUUGUCGUUGCCGAAUCAAUCAGCUUACUUCUUUUUCCUUUCAUGAUUACUUUCCUUCUCGUAUUCCUUGUCAUUUUUGAAUUCGUUCUCGGUGCAUUCGCUGAGAUAACUUGCUUUGCAGAUCGCCACUUCUACUCUGACUGGUGGAAUAGUACAGACUGGAUGCAAUUCUCCCGUGAAUGGAAUAUUCCUGUCCAUCACUUCUUCCAUCGUCACGUAUAUCUCGGUUCUCGCUCGUAUAUUGGGAAAGGAGGAGCCACUUUUAUAACUUUCUUCAUUAGCGCCAUUGGUCAUGAAAUAGUCAUGGCUUGUAUCACUAAGAAACUUCGAGGCUAUGGCAUGAUACUUCAGAUGAGUCAACUUCCUAUUAUUUGGUUACAGAGUAGACCGUGGGCUAGAGGGAAGAAGGUGUUGAAUAAUGUGUGUUUUUGGUGUAGUAUGAUUUUGGGGUUGAGUGGUAUGUGUAGUCUGUAUGUUUUAUUGUGA